AUGGUCAGGCGAGUCAAGGACGAGAUGCUGAAAACGUGCAAAAACGAAUAUGCACGUCGCGGCUGCCCAGUCGAACACACUGGGUGGAAGCCAGAGCAGAUAGCCCAGUACAUGGACGCCCGGUAUGCCACCUUGUCUGAAAACCAGGACAUCGGACCCUUCAUUCACGAGCUCCCUGAAAAGCAAAAGAGAGGCUACCCGGCAAAGAUGCCUGACUGGGUCAUCGAGUACCACCAGCGUGUGCAGAGGGAGGAAGAGGAGCAGGAGGCGGGCAGCCAGGCCGACUUGCCGGAGCAGGGCUACGACGUUCAGACGUUCAAGAUGCCGGGCAAGGGCAAGUACAAGUACUGCCUGGUACACACGAAAAGGGAGCUGAGUGUGGAGAUCGGGCCUCCGGACCAAGGGGAUGAAUGGGAGAUCUUCCUGGGCGACGAGGACGAACGGGAGUACAUCUGGCAAAGGGUGGAGAGCGAUUACGAGCACGUUCUUUGCUCUGACAUGAUGAAUGAGUUGCUCGCUGCUGAGGCUAGCGCGAGAAUCGGCCAGGUACCUGUCAAAGAUGCGCCGACGAAGCGCAGCCCGCCAGGACGCACAACGCGGACUUCCAAUGCGCCGCCCAGCACCGGGCAGCCCGCCAAGGUGUCUCAUGUGGACGACGACGAUUUCGGGGGCAGCAGCAGUGAGGACCUCCCGCUGACGAUUGUUCGUGAGGAAGAAGAAGAGCUUGAGGACCCCAAGCCGCCCGCGCCCGUGGUCUACACCAACGCAGAGGGCAAGCAGUGGCUUCUCCAUGGCAGCACGGAAUUGGCGCUGCCCGGCCAGGACAAGCCGGAUGGAUGCUCAGACUGGAUCGUGCAGGAAGAAUGCGACGGGGAGACCGGCACUGCCCGCUACGAGCUGAAAUCCCUGGCGAGCUCGGUCAAGGUCCGUCGCUGCGACGUGCUCCUAGCGGGGCGCAAAGCAAAGCCGAUCAUGGAUGAGACGCGCAAGGCUGUGAUGCAGAAGAUCCAGGAGAAGUACGAUGUCGACAAGUAUCAUGUGAAAGAGCAGCGAGCGAUGAGGAAAGAGAAGGCUGAACGCAAGGCGCAGGAAGCGCGGGCUCUUGAAGCGGCUCGCAUGGCAAAAGAAGAGGAAGAGCGCCAAGCCCAGGAGAGUGCAAAGCGCCAAAUAGAGGAGGAGAAAGCGGAAAAUGAGCGGAAGCAGGCCGAGGCACAGGCCCUAUCGCUGGCCAAAGGAAUGUUCGAGAAGAUGAAGACCGAGUUCCUCGAGCAGCUGGGCCACGGAGCCAAGGACGUGGAGGACGCGAAGCCAAAGGAAGGAGAAGGACCGGCUGCUGCUGGCGCGCAGGACUUCGAGCCGAAGCGCUCAGAAGUGGAGGCCGAGAACCAAGCAGUUUCGGAGGAGCUGGCGGACCUGAAGGCGGGGGGUGGCUCGAAACGCAGCAACCCCGACUCGCCCGACAAAGCCGCCGUGGAUGCCAAGAAGGAGAAGAAGCGACUGCUGCAUGCACGUUUGGCAAACACUCACUGUUCUGUGUCCGAGGACGACUCGGGCGAUGAGUGA